GCUCCUCCAAGGUCAAUGCAUGCUCGCAGUCUCCAUUUUCCCCCAAAGCAGCUUCUCAAACCCAUCGUCUACCUUCGCCACCCUCUCCACAUUGCAACUGUGUUUCCCUGUGUCCACUAUCCUGCGCGUGUGUUCUGAUCGAGCUCCAGGCGUUCCAAUGGCUGAGGUACUGGCCACCAUGGUGGUCGGGCCACUGGUGUCCAUGGUGAAGGAGAAGGCCUCCAGCUACCUCCUGGAGCAGUACCAGGUGAUGGAGGGCUUGGAGAAGCAGCACAAGCUCCUCAAGCGCAAGCUGCCGGCCAUCCUGGACGUCAUCACCGACGCCGAGGAGCAGGCGGCAGCCAAGCGAGAAGGGGCGAAAGCUUGGCUGGAGGAGGUCCGACAGGUGGCCUACCAGGCGAAUGACGUCUUGGACGAGUUCAAGUACGAGGCGCUCCGCCGCAAAGCCAGGGAGGAGGGGCACUACAAGGAGCUCGGCAUGGAUGUAAUAAAGCUCUUCCCUUCUCACAACCGUUUUGUGUUUCGUAUCAAGAUGGGCAAUAAGCUCCGCAUGAUUUUGGAAGAACUUGAUGUCCUUAUCGCAGAGAUGAAUUGUUUCGGGUUCAAGUUCCGGCAAGGGCCACCAGUGCCCGUAAAUCACUUGAGGGAGAAUAGUUCUAAAAUCAUCGACCCUGUGGACAUUGCCGGCAGAUCCAGAGCUGGAGACAAGAAGAAGAUUAUUAAGUCGUUGCUUGAUAAAGCUAGCAAUGUGAAUCUCACGGUCUUUCCUGUCGUGGGGAUGGGAGGGAUGGGGAAGACCACCUUAGCCCAGCUUGUUUACAAUGACCCUGACAUUCAGAAGCAUUUCCAGCUGCGACUCUGGGUGUGCGUCUCUGACAACUUUGAUGUGGAUUCCCUGGCUGAAAGAAUUGUCGAAGAAGCUAAGAAGAAUGGUUGUCAAGCAAAUGGAAGUUCGGCAUUGGACAAGCUUCAAAAUGCAGUGAGUGGGAAGAGGUACCUCCUCGUAUUGGAUGAUGUCUGGAACCGUGAUGAGGCACACAAGUGGGAAAAACUGAAGUCCUACCUUCAGCAUGGUGGCAGCGGCAGCUCAGUGCUCAUAACAACUCGUGAUCAAGCCGUCGCUCAACUAAUGAUGGGUACAGCUACAGGAGCCUAUGAACUUGGACGCUUGGGUGAAAAUUUCAUAGAGGAAAUUAUCAGGUCGAGAGCAUUCAGCUCGAAACAAGAGAAGGAUUGGCCUCGUGAACUAGUUAACAUGGUUGGUGAUGUUGCAAAGAGAUGUGCUGGUUCUCCUUUAGCUGCUACAGCAUUGGGCUCUGUGUUAAGUACCAAGACCACCGCGCGUGAAUGGAAGGAUGUGCUAAGGAGAAAAAAGAUUUGUGAUGAUAGAAACGGAAUCUUACCGGUACUCAAGCUUAGUUACAAUUGCUUGCCAUCACAUAUGCGGCAAUGCUUUGCUUUCUGUGCUAUGUUUCCCAAGGAUUAUGAGAUUGACGUGGAAAUGUUGAUCCAGUUAUGGAUGGCCAAUGGUUUUAUCUCGGUGCUACAAGGAGAAGAACAUCCUGAAAUUUCAGGAUGGGAAUAUUCAAUUAGGAGGCGGCUGGCAUGCUUGAAAUAGCAGAUUGAAGACCUGAUGAAAGUUAUUACCAUGGAUCGUUGCCAGGGAUGCAAAUGCUACAUUUGCCCUUUUUGAAGAUUAUCACCAGUGAAGUCAAGCUGAAGGCCUUGAUUUUGAGCAGAAAACAAAUGCCAGACUGCAAACGGAAGAAUUUAGCAUACAGAGAUGCAUGCUCCAGUUUUUAAUCCUUCUUUAUUCUUUUCAAGUGUGACGUGUUUGAAUAUGUGUGCGCUCCAGCAUAAGCGAAACACAACCAACACUUGAUGUAAGGAUGUGUUUUUCUACAUGACUGCAGGAGAUACUUGUUGUUCGACAAGCUGGUUUAAGCUGCUGAUUGAAAUGCACUAAAUGUGAUGAACUUCAUUCCAUGUGUGUAUCUAAUACUGAAUGGUGUGCAGGGUGAUCCCGCAAGUCUUUGGAUA